AUGAGCACAGAGAUCACAGAACAAAACGCUGAGAAUCAAACUUGGAGAGACCUUCCUUUAGAUCUUCUGAUCUCAGCAAUGUCUCAUCUUGAAAUCAAAGACAACGUAAGAGCUUCUUCCGUAUGCAAAUCAUGGUACGAAGCAGCAGUCUCCGUUAGAGUCACAGAGCAGCCUCCAUGGCUCAUCCACUUCCCAAAAUCAAGAAACUCUUACGAGUUCUACAAUCCAUCAAACUCGGAGAAACAUCCAAUGGAGCUCCCUGAAUCACUAUCAGGGUUUAAAGUUCGUUACUCUAAAGACGGAUGGCUUCUUAUGAGCAAGAACAUUUCAUCAGACUUCGUCUUGUUCAAUCCAUUCACAAUGGAUCUUGUGGUCUUGCCUUAUCUUGAAUUGUGGUAUGGUUACCAAUUAGUUGGAUUCUCCUGUCCUCCAACGUCAAGUGACUGUGUUGUGUUCACAAUCAAGGACUAUGAUCCGGGUCAUGUGACUAUCCGGACUUGGAGCCCCGGUGAAGCCACUUGGACUUCGAAGCAGGUCUACGAGUCUCAGUUUCUUGAUGUGAAGCAUAACUAUCUUGUCUUCUCCAACGGUUUGUUUUACUGUCUCAACUUGAGAAACGAUCUUGCGGUUUUCGAUCCGUCUUUAAGGACGUGGAAGGUGCUCGAUGUGACGCCUCCUACACGCCCUGAUCACAUCGAUGAUGAGAGUUGGUGUGCAGGAAAGUUCAUGGUGGGUUAUAAAGGAGAGAUCUUUGUGGUGUGUACGUUUGGAAAUGAGCAGCCUUUGGUGUUUAAGCUGGAUCUUGCGAGAGGUGUUUGGGAGAAGAUGGAGAAUCUUGGUGGUUUGACGAUGUUUGUGAGUGUUAAUUCAUGUGAAUCAAGAACUUAUGUGGAUGAGGGGAUGUUGAGGAACAGUGUUUACUUCCCUAAGUUGUGUGAUGAUGAGACGCGUUGCGUGAGGUAUUCGUUUGAUGAGAGGAGAUACGAUCCGGUUGAGCACAGUGUUAACUGGGGAAAGCAGAGUUCUUCUGAGGACAUUUGGAUUAAGGCUCCUGAGUAUGGAUAUGAGAUGGUUUAG